UUGAAAGCACCGCCAGCAGUUGUUAGCCGUCGAAACUUUUGCUUUUGUGAUUGCCACUGGAGGGAAAAAACAAGGACAACUACCUCUCUCUCUCUUUCACACACACACACAUACAGCGAGCUGCAUGAAUCCCUGCAACACGGCGAGAAAUGCUGCGGACUCUCGCAGCGGACGAUCCCAGACGAGUGCAAAGUCCUCACCAGCACGAACUGUGGAUCUGAGCGAAGAUGAUAAGGAUCAGGCACCAGUUACUAUGAAUCCUCUUCACAUGAUGAAAGCCUUCAAAGUCAUGAAUGAGCUGCGAAGUAAAAGCACUUUGUGUGAUGUGACCAUUGUUGCCGAGGAUGUUGAAAUUGAAGCACAUCGUAUUGUCCUGGCAGCCUGCAGCCCUUAUUUCUGUGCCAUGUUUACAGGUGACAUGACUGAAAGUAAAGCGAAGAAAGUUGAGAUAAAGGACAUAGAUGGACAUACGCUCAGUAAACUAAUUGAUUAUAUAUACACGGCUGAAGUGGAAGUCACUGAAGAGAAUGUGCAGGUAUUGUUGCCUGCAGCCAGUCUGCUACAACUAAUGGAUGUAAGGACUGCUUGUUGUGAUUUUCUACAAUCCCAGUUGCAUCCAACCAAUUGUUUAGGAAUUCGGGCAUUUGCAGAUGUUCACACAUGCACGGAUCUGCUGAAUGAAGCAAACGCAUAUGCAGAACAACAUUUUCCUGAUGUUAUGUUGGGUGAAGAAUUUCUUACUCUGAGUUUGGAUCAAGUGUGCAGUUUGAUAUCAAGUGACAAACUCACAGUUGCCUCAGAAGAAAAGGUAUUUGAAGCAGUGAUCUCUUGGAUAAAGUAUGACAAAGAAGCUCGCCUGGAGCACAUGGCAAAAUUAAUGGAAAAUGUACGACUUCCUCUGCUUCCACGGGACUAUCUUGUACAGACAGUAGAAGAAGAGGCUUUGAUAAAGAAUAAUAAUACUUGCAAAGAUUUCCUAAUAGAAGCCAUGAAAUACCAUUUGCUUCCUCUUGAUCAACGAGCAGCAAUAAAGACUGUACGCACAAGACCAAGGACCCCAAUCUGCCUACCCAAGGUUAUGAUCGUAGUUGGUGGUCAGGCACCUAAAGCUAUACGAAGUGUGGAGUGCUACGAUUUCAAAGAAGAUCGUUGGAAUCAAGUAGCAGAGCUGCCUUCCAGAAGAUGCAGAGCAGGUGUUGUAUACAUGAGUGGUCGUGUUUAUGCUGUAGGAGGAUUCAAUGGGUCUUUGAGAGUUCGGACUGUGGAUGUCUAUGAUGCAGUUAAAGAUCAGUGGACAUCCAUUGCCAGUAUGCAGGAGAGACGCAGUACUCUUGGAGCAGCAGUGUUGAAUGAUUUACUCUAUGCUGUGGGUGGAUUUGAUGGGAGUACAGGGUUAUCAUCAGUGGAGGCUUAUAAUUACAAAAUAAAUGAAUGGUUUUUUGUGGCACCCAUGAACACAAGAAGAAGUAGUGUCGGGGUUGGAGUCGUGGAAGGCAGAUUGUAUGCAGUAGGUGGCUAUGAUGGAGCAUCACGCCAGUGUCUUAGUACUGUUGAAGCGUAUAAUCCAGUCAGCAAUGAAUGGACGUAUGUUUCAGAUAUGAGUACACGUCGCAGUGGUGCAGGGGUCGGUGUUCUAAAUGGUCAGUUAUAUGCAACAGGAGGUCAUGAUGGACCUUUGGUGAGGAAAAGUGUUGAGGUGUAUGAUCCAUCCACAAACACUUGGAGGCAAGUGGCAGACAUGAAUAUGUGUCGGAGGAAUGCAGGUGUCUGUGCUGUAAAUGGAUUUUUGUAUGUGAUUGGAGGGGAUGAUGGCUCUUGUAAUCUAGCAUCUGUGGAAUUCUAUAACUCUGUUACAGACAAAUGGACAUUAUUACCAACCAAUAUGAGCACUGGAAGAAGCUAUGCAGGUGUUGCUGUAAUUGAUAAGCCACUAUGACUUUACUCUUGAGCAACAGUUGGAUUCAAGUCUUAAAUGAAAACUGCUAGCAUUCUGCUAAAGACUGACCUAGGUUUUUUUUUAAAACUAUUUAUAAUACUUGGAUGCAUGGUAUACUGUGUGAGUAUAAGCUCAGUCACCCUGUCAAAAAGAUACCAGAUCUGCAAUAUGCAUUUUUAAAAGAAAAAUUAAGCACUAAUCGAAGGGCCUUUUAAGCUAAAGGAACAUGUUACUUCCACUACUAGCACUUCAAAUGAAACAAAGAAAAUGCAAGUUAACUGGCAUGAGUUAUCAGAUUACUCUUGCUGGGUAAUCUGUGUUGAUGUCCAGUGUUGAUGAGUGUCAGCCUUCAACAAAGCCCUGUUGACUGGAGAAUGUGAAGCUUCUACUGUUACAUGCCAGUUGCUGAAGAUCAAGCUGCUCCCUUUUAAAGCACACAUUUUUGGAUCUGAAGUAAACAGUGCACUGAGCACUGUUAAAAUAUCAGCUAUUUUAUAAAAGGGAGAAAAAAAUCCAACAUUCUGUUUUUGAGUGAACAGAAAGAUACUUGUAAUAAUGGUUUGUUUAUGUUGAGAUGAGCUGCUACUGAUAUUUCAUAAUUAGCAACCCCACUCUUGGAUUUAGAAUUAGGAUUCCCUACUUUAAUAAAUGAAUGAAUACAGGAUAUGAAGUCCCUGUUGAAAGUAAUCCUGAUGUUAAGCAGAAAUCUUUAUUACACCCAUUCAAUUCUUGCAUGAGUGCUGUUGUAAAGAAAAUGUUUGGAACCUGGAACUUCUUUUGCACAGAUGCCAUGCCUCAUAGUACAGAGUCCAAACCAAAGCUGACGUGAAUUUCAGCACCCUCCUUCACCCAAUUGUUAAGAGUAAUGAUAUUCAUUAAUUAACAAUUUAGCAAUACUUUGGAGUUUUGAAACAUCCUUCUCUUCCUUGGUAAUGUGGAGAGUCGAAAGCAAAUAGGCUGAAUCAUCUGUUCCUUCAGUUGAUCUGGGGAAUGUAGGUGGAUUAAUGUUGCAGAGAGAAGAUAAGUGUAAAAGGAAACAGUUUUAAAGUUAUCCUGCGUUAGGAUUAUUAAAAAUAAACAUAUCUUUAACUUCAUUUCCAUUGCCUUCCCAAGUUUGUAGAUACUAAUAUGGCUAUUUUUAGUAGAUAGUGCCACCUAGUGAAAAUUCUGAAGAAUACUAUUUUUAAAAGAGAAGAUAAAUUAUAAUAUUUUAUUAUCAAAUGUAUUCAAAUUCCUUCUGACUACAAGUUGUUUUUUUUAUAUAUCUGUUAAUACUUAGUGCAGAAUCAAACAGAGGGUCUGAGGCUGCACUUGCAUUCCUACUCUGAGUAAAUUUGUUGCCUGAGAGGUACUUUAUAAUAAAACUCGAUGUAUGGUUAAUAGAUACUCAAUAAGCAGGUGUGGCCUCAGCAAUUUUGGACAAACAGUUCCUCUUGUGACAAAUCACUCAUUUUCAGCAUAAUUUGUUUUUGUUGCUUCAUUAAUAUUUUUCUUGCUUUGUGUUUGCUAUUUAACCCUUUUCUUUAUGUGUAUUUUCUUUUCCUGUUGUUUUUGUCUCGUCCCGAUCUUGUUACUGCCUGCUUCUGGAUUUUAACAAUUUUUCAUGGGCAUCAAAAAUGUAUAAAAUUUUGAUUUAAUUCUGCAGCCAUAUGCAGGUUAUUUUUGAGGCUUUUUGUACAGUGGUUGACACUUGGAGAUUUUAAUUCACUUGCUUGUCAAUGCUUCUCACUUCCACUCUUGCAGCAUUUUCCUCAUAUCUUUAAGUUUGCUUUCCAUCCUUUGUUUUUUGUCUCAUUUACUGUUUUUUUUCAUUUAAAUGUAUUUUUUCCUCUACGGUUUGUUUCUUGAACUGAAACUUAUAGGUUGAUAGUGCUCCAGUACACAGUACCUUGUUAAUUGUUGCUCAUAGUCUGCCUAAAUUUGUGGAUUCCCACAGCCUGAGAUGGUAACCAGGGAAAAAUACAACACAGUAAGGAAUUUAUAACACCUCUGUGAGGCCAUGGAUCUGCAGUCACGUGUAGGACAGAAUGGAGAAGGACAGCAGAUUUUUUUCACUGAAUGGUGUGAGUGGACCAGAUAGGUUUUUACGACAAUCCAGUAAUUUGUUGGUCAUGUUUAUUGAGGCUAGCUUUUUUAAAUGUAAUUCCCAAGUAUUUAAUUAACAAUUUAAAUUUCACAGAAGAUGUGGUGUGAUUUGAGCUCGUGUCUAUGAAUUGUUGGUCGCAGACUUUGGAUUACUAGUAAAUUAAGUACUCUGCCACUGUUUCCAUUAUGAAAUGUAAUCAAACAAUUCGGGGGCUUAUGGGGAGCUAUGAUGAAGGUCUCUGAGUCAAAUUAAGUCAAAAAACUAUGUUCUGCCUUCCAAAAACAUCUGUUUUAAAUGUUUGAAUUGCUAGAGAUGCAGCAGUCAUUAUAAUAGUUUAUAGUUUUACAGUAUUUCAGAGAGAAUUUCUAAUUAUUGUUUGUUCAUUUAUGUAAUUAUAAGUUGAUUUGAACUUUUUUGCCAUCCUAAUGAUAAACAGAAAAAUUGUUCAAUUCCAAUCAAAGGUUUUGGUGCCAAUGUGAUCUAGCCAUUGAUAAAAAAAAGUUAAUGAACCCAAUAACAGCUGCACUUCUAAUGUUAGACACUUAAUAAUUUAAUGAAGUUUAGAUAUGUACUUUUCCAAUGUAAGCAGUGUUAUAAAAUAACUCUAUCCACAAUGGUGUCAUAAAGCAUAAUUAAAGUGUAAUUCUGUAACUGUCUUCAGUAGUAUUAAAUAAACUACCAAAUCAGAUCAAAAGGUCAUGCUUGAGUGACAGAGUAUGGCGUCAGGGAUUUAAUGUACCAUUGCACUCUACUGUCAUUUGGAACAGUGUUUGAAAUCAUGUUAGGUUUUAUGUAAUGAUUUAUUUUGAAAUGUUCUGUCAUAUCGUGGAACACAAAACUGUGAAGCACUCCUGACUUUUUUCAAAUUGUCAAUAAAA